GCGGCCCCGAGCCCCGGCCCCGAGCCCGGCGCCGCCGCCGCCGCCCCGGGCCGGCCGUGCCGGAGCCGCCCCUCGGCCGCGCCCGCCCCCUGGCCGCCUGCUCGGCGGCGCGGCAGUGCCGGCGGGGCUAUGGCUGCGGAGGAGGUGCUGCAGGGCGCAGACCACUACAAGAGCGAGAUCGAGCGGCUGACCCGGGAGCUCUCCGAGACGACCCAUGAGAAGAUCCAGGCGGCGGAGUACGGGCUGGUGGUGCUGGAGGAGAAGCUCACCCUCAAGCAGCAGUACGAUGAGCUGGAGGCGGAGUAUGACGGCCUCAAGCAGGAGCUGGAGCAGCUGAAGGAGGCUUUUGGACAGUCCUUCUCUGUUCACCGCAAAGUGGCUGAAGAUGGCGAAACGCGGGAAGAGACUCUUCUCCAGGAGUCUGCGUCAAAGGAAGCAUAUUACCUUGGCAAGAUUUUGGAGAUGCAGAAUGAGCUCAAGCAGAGCAGGGCCGUGGUCACCAAUGUUCAGGCAGAGAAUGAGAGGCUCACUGCAAUUGUCCAAGACUUGAAAGAGAAUAACGAAAUGGUGGAGCUGCAGAGGAUACGAAUGAAAGAUGAGAUUCGAGAGUAUAAGUUUCGAGAGGCAAGACUGCUGCAGGACUACACUGAGCUGGAAGAAGAAAACAUCACUUUACAGAAACUGGUGUCCACACUGAAACAGAAUCAAGUUGAAUACGAAGGCUUAAAGCAUGAGAUUAAACGAUUUGAGGAGGAGACAGUGUUGCUUAAUAGCCAGCUAGAAGAUGCCAUCCGGCUGAAGGAGAUUGCUGAGCAUCAGCUGGAGGAAGCUCUGGAAACUUUAAAAAAUGAAAGAGAGCAAAAGAACAAUCUGAGAAAGGAACUGUCCCAGUAUAUCAACCUCAAUGAUAGUAUGUAUAGUAACCAUAUUAAUAUAUCAGUAGAUGGGUUGAAGUUUUCAGAGGAUGGGGGUGAGCCCAACAAUGAUGACAAAAUGAACGGACACAUCCACGGGCCUCUUGUGAAACUCAACGGUGACUACAGAACUGCCACCAGUAGGAAAGGAGAAUCUCUGCACCCUGUCUCUGACCUCUUCAGUGAGCUCAACAUAUCAGAGAUACAGAAACUGAAGCAGCAACUCAUGCAGGUGGAGCGGGAGAAGGCCAUUCUCCUGGCCAACCUCCAGGAGUCUCAGACGCAGCUGGAGCACACCAAGGGCGCCCUGACGGAGCAGCACGAGCGCGUGCACAGGCUCACGGAGCAUGUCAAUGCUAUGAGGGGACUGCAGAGCAACAAGGAGCUGAAGGUUGAGCUUGACUGUGAGAAGGGCCGAGAUUCCGGCGAGGAAGCACAUGACUACGAAGUGGACAUCAAUGGCUUGGAGAUCCUGGAAUGUAAAUACAAAGUGGCUGUUACUGAGGUGAUAGACCUUAAAGCAGAAAUCAAAGCCUUAAAGGAGAAAUAUAAUAAGUAUGUGGAAAACUACACCGAAGAGAAGGCCAAGUAUGAGAGCAGAAUCCAGACAUACGAUGAGCAGGUGACAAGCCUGGAGAAGUCGACCAAGGAAAGCCAGGAAAAAAUGGUCCACAUGGAAAAGGAGUUACAAAGGAUGACAAGCAUAGCAAACGAAAACCACAAUACCCUUAACACUGCCCAGGACGAGCUGGUGACAUUUAGUGAGGAGCUGGCUCAGCUCUACCACCACGUCUGCCUGUGCAACAACGAGACGCCAAACAGGGUCAUGUUGGACUAUUACAGGCAGAGCAGAGUCACCCGCAGCGGGAGCCUGAAGGGGCCGGAUGACCCUCGAGGUCUCCUUUCACCUCGGCUUGCCAGGCGGGGGGUGGCAUCGCCCGUAGAAGCCAGGACCCCGACCGAGCAGGUGACAAAAGAGGCCACAGAGCCCGGCAAGGAACAGAGCCCAACCAAAACACCUUCCAUUUCUCCUGUCAUCACAGCCCCUCCUUCCUCCCCUGUCUCUGACACCAGUGACAUCCGCAAAGAGCCUAUGAACAUCUACAACCUCAAUGCCAUAAUAAGGGACCAAAUCAAGCACUUGCAGAAGGCUGUGGAUCGGUCGCUGCAGCUGUCGCGCCAGCGGGCCGCGGCCCGUGAGCUGGCACCCAUGAUCGACAAAGACAAGGAGGCCUUAAUGGAAGAGAUCCUGAAGCUGAAGUCACUCCUGAGUACAAAGCGAGAGCAGAUCGCGACCCUGAGAGCAGUGCUGAAAGCCAACAAGCAGACAGCUGAAGUGGCACUGGCCAAUUUGAAGAACAAAUAUGAAAAUGAAAAAGCAAUGGUGACUGAGACCAUGACCAAACUACGGAAUGAACUAAAGGCUCUGAAGGAAGAUGCAGCAACCUUCUCAUCCUUGAGAGCGAUGUUUGCAACCAGGUGUGAUGAGUAUGUCACACAGCUGGAUGAGAUGCAGAGGCAGCUGGCAGCUGCGGAGGAUGAGAAGAAGACCCUGAACUCUCUGCUGCGCAUGGCUAUCCAGCAAAAACUUGCCCUGACCCAGCGACUGGAGGAUUUAGAGUUCGACCAUGAGCAAUCCCGACGCAGCAAAGGCAAGCUGGGAAAGAGCAAGAUCGGCAGCCCUAAAGUAAGUGAGGAGGCAUCAGCCACCGUGCCAAGCAUUGACACUUUCCUCCUGCAUAGUCAGGGCCCACAGCAACCAAACUUACUGGUCAGCAGUGGCACUCAGAGGAAAAGACUAUUCUCACCUUCCCUUUGUGAUCAGAGCCAUCCCAGGACUUCAGGGACCUACCUCCAGAAAUUAUUAAGAGCCCCCCCUCAUCCCGCCUCCACAGAAUCAUAUCUUCUGAGGGGCCCCCCUUCCAUGAGUGAAUUCAUCCAUGGGCACCGUCUCAGCAAGGAAAAAAGGUUAACCGUGGCCAUACCAGAUUGUCAGCAGCCUGCUGCCUCCAUACCGCCACACGGCUCACAACUAGCCAGGGGGCCAGAUUGCCAGACUGUCAGUCCUAAUGCUCUUCCAGAAGAGCAGCCACAUUCCAGCUCUCAGUGUGCCCCUCUCAACUGUCUCUCUAAGCCUCCUCCUUAGCCCUAAUCUUCAUACGCAACGUAAGAGAAAAUGCAGAAUGGAGCGCAUGCAACAAAGGU